AUGGACAAUUCAGAUCCUGUGAACAGUGGUGCAGAUCGAUUGGGCUUGCCCAAUGGUCGUUACAGUAGUUCUAAUGAUAAUGCGAUGGAUGAAGCGAAAGCGCAAUAUUCAAAGGUCAGAAGUGCUUUUAACAAUCUGCGCCGUCUUGUCACCAAAAGAAACGCACCCGCCACCCAGACCAACAAGAAACGCAGUCUUUUUGGGAAAGAAUCACUGAACGAAUUCACUAAGGGAAUUCACCCCGAAAUUCGGUUGCGGCUGUCACACAAGAAUAUCGGCGUAUCGAAUUCAAAAGUUGUGAAGGUUAUUGUGAAGGAGGACCCUGCCGAUGGACCGAUCAGUAGUGGUGGUUCAGUAACAGGAUUUAGUUUCAUACAACAACGGCGAUAUGACGAUACUGAUCAGGAGGAAGCAGGGGACCAGUUGGUCACCAUCCGUGAGUAUGAGAAGAUAAGUAAACACAUCUAUAUGGUACCUAACCACAUUAUUGUUGAUCAUUCCUGUAAACAAACAUUACAACAACCGGUUCGACGGGCUCCACAGUUAAAAUGCAAACGUUUGGUCGCCCAUCCAGGUGACAUCGUUGGUAACACCUCGACUGGUGAUGAAUCGCUUGAAAUCCAGCUGCCAAGCUCGGCGAGCAGACCGACAACCAAACAGCGCAACCGAACUAUCUAUAUUCCACAACACUGCCGAUUACAAAAACCAGUAUCUCACUUGAUAACCAAACCAACUUAUGAAUCACUGAAGACUUCUGACAUUGAAGUGUCCAUUGGCCAUUGGAUAUGCACUGCUGACGAGCUCUAA